AUGGAUGUAUCUAUAGCCUUGCUAUUGUUCACUGCUGUGACUGCUUACCUACUAUGGUUCACUUUCAUCUCACGGUCAUUAAAGGGUCCACGUGUCUGGCCAUUAUUCGGGAGUCUUCCGGGCCUGAUCGAGAAUUCCGAUCGUUUGCACGAAUGGAUUGCCGAUAAUCUCCGGGCAUGUAACGGAACCUACCAGACUUGUAUAUGUGCGGUCCCGUUUCUUGCCCGGAAACAAGGGCUCGUGACGGUCACAUGUGACCCGAAGAAUCUCGAACACAUACUCAAAACCCGGUUUGAUAAUUACCCCAAGGGUCCCACUUGGCAAGCGGUUUUUCACGAUCUAUUGGGGAAAGGGAUCUUUAACUCGGAUGGUGACACGUGGCUCCUCCAACGGAAGACGGCGGCGCUCGAGUUCACGACACGAACGCUGCGACAAGCCAUGGCUCGGUGGGUGACUCGAGCCAUCAAGAAUCGGUUCUGUCCGAUUCUGGAACGGGCUCAGGUCCAGUCUGAGCCCGUAGAUCUGCAAGAUCUUUUGCUACGGAUUACGUUCGAUAACAUUUGCGGUUUGGCGUUCGGAAAAGACCCGCAAACACUAGCCCCUGAGUUGCCCGACAAUAGUUUCGCACUGGCGUUUGAUCGGGCAACUGAGGCUUCGUUGCAACGGUUUAUUUUUCCGGAAGUUAUUUGGAAAAUGAGGAGAUGGCUUAGGCUUGGCUUGGAGGUCAGCUUGAGCCGAAGCCUUGUACACGUGGAGGAAUACUUGUCCAGCAUCAUCAGUACACGUAGGCAUGAAUUGUCUACUCAGCUUAAUGGAAGCCUACAUGAUGACUUGUUAUCCAGGUUCAUGAGAAUGAAAGAAUCCUAUUCGGACACGUUUCUACAACAAGUGGCACUCAACUUCAUCCUAGCUGGACGUGACACGUCAUCAGUCGCGAUGAGCUGGUUUUUCUGGUUGGUGAUUCAGCACCCAAAAGUGGAAGAAAAUAUUCUAAAAGAAAUCAGUAGCGUCCUGCUGGAGACACGUGGCGAUGACGUGGCGAAAUGGACCGACGAACCAUUAGGGUUCGAGGAGGUGGACCGGUUGGUUUAUCUGAAAGCAGCGUUAUCCGAGACUCUCCGACUAUACCCAUCGGUGCCGGAGGACUCGAAACACGUGGUUUCCGACGACGUGUUGCCAGACGGGACUUUCGUCCCAGCCGGCUCCUCCGUCACCUACUCAAUAUACUCCGCCGGCCGAAUGAAGUCGACGUGGGGCGACGACUGCCUCGAGUACCGCCCCGAGCGAUGGUUGUCCCCCGAUGGGACCAAGUUCGUCAGGCACGAUUCGUAUAAAUUCGUCGCGUUUAACGCAGGACCCAGGAUUUGCCUCGGGAAAGACCUCGCGUACUUGCAGAUGAAGUCGAUAGCGGCGGCGGUGCUGCUACGCCACCGUCUUGCGGUGGUGCCGGGACACAAAGUGGAACAGAAGAUGUCGUUGACUUUGUUCAUGAAGUAUGGAUUAAAGGUGAAUGUGUUUCGAAGAGAUUUGAGAGAAAUUAUGGAAAGCGUGAAGAAAGAGAAGGAAGGCGAGGUUCAAGGUCGUCUUCUACAUAAUUCAAAUUUAAACCUGUUGUAUUUUUAA